CGCCAGACGACUUCACGACGAAAUCAGAAAUGGGCGCCAAACGAGAAAAGGACGUGGUAGUGGAGAUUGGGAACUAUUACGCUAUCAUAGGCAAGGAUGGGCGUGAAUACAAAGUUGAAGUUUUAGGGAAACGUAUAACAGAUACAGAAACGGACGUCUAUCUCCAUUAUGAAGGCACGGACAAGCGGCUUGAUGAAUGGGUCGAUAUAACGAGACUUUUGCCAUUAAGCACACAACCUUCAAAUGAUGAGAUGUUGCAGGAUAAAACUAAACCAGUAUCAAGCCAGGAAGGCAGACAAGAAACAUCGAUCUCUCCGUCAGAUACAUCAUCAGAAAGUCACAGACCGAAGCGUAAAAUUGUCAAGGACGAAGUAGCAUUACUUCUGGAGUCAUUAAAAUCAGCUGCACGCAAGACAUCUGGCGAUGCUGGUCAGGAACGCAAUACGGGCGGUUACAGCCACCAUGGACAUGACCAUGAUGAUGAAGAGCUGCCGAGAGUCCGGAAUGUUGAGUGGAUCCUUUAUGCUGGAUAUGAUAUCGCAACCUGGUAUUACUCUCCAUUUCCUGAGGAGUAUCAGGACUGUCAAAGGCUAUUCAUCUGCGAAUACUGCCUUAAAUAUAUUCGACAAGUGGACAGCUUCAUCAACCAUACAAAAAAUUGCAAACGUAAAAGACCUCCAGGCACCGUUGUCUAUUCUAAAGGCAUCAACAAGAUUUAUAAAGUGGAUGGGAAAACAAACAAGCUUUAUUGUCAAAACUUGUCGUUAUUGGCCAAGUUAUUCCUGGAUAACAAGACACUAUACUUUGACAUUCAUGGAUUCCAUUUCUUUGUCCUGACUGAGACUCGAUCAGACCGUACUGACGUACCUGUCGGCUUCUUUUCAAAGGAGAUCGUUUCCUAUGAUGGCUACAACUUGGCCUGCAUUUUGAUUCUUCCUCCAUUUCAACGAAAGUCAUAUGGAAAGCUCUUAAUAGAAUUCAGUUAUGAACUGACUAAAAUCGAGGGCAAAGUUGGAUCUCCAGAAAAGCCACUUUCGGAUUUAGGCAAGCUUGGCUACAUGUCCUACUGGAUAACAGCCAUCCUCCGUGAAUUAUACCCAAAGCCAUGGCCCGCAAAACGCGUCAUGCUCCCUACUACAGCUCGGCGUAAGGGCAAAUCUACCGCAAAGACGAUACAGCUGGGUAGUUCAUCUCAUUCAGUGCAAAGUGAGCAGUCAGCGGUUGCGUCCACAAAGGCUCAAGGGAAACUGUUACCUGCUAAACAGGCUAUUGAAGAUCAAGGCCCUGGACCCAUGGAUGUUGAUAUAGUAUCCCCCGUAGAUGGGCUAGAUAAGCCAAUGAAUGAUGAAACCCAAGAAAACACCAAUGAAGAAAUUGCACUUUCAUUGCGUGAAUUGGCGGCGAGAACUGGUAUUAUGGAAGAGGAUUUACUCGAGACCCUUGUGACGAUGGGUUGGAUGACUCAUUGGCUCUCUCUUGCAGACCAAGCAGCAUCUGCGACAGUGAAGAAUGCCAAGCGGCGUUAUCGAAAACUAAUAAAAUUUAAUGAGCAACAGCAAUUGUUGGAGAAGUAUGGGGUAGUACAAGAGCCAGGGACCGCGGGUCAACAAGAUGGUCACCGUGAUUAUGACAGUGGCCCGGGUCAGUUCCCUAACUACACCAAGCUGCAUGUUCGUCAAUUAUCUGGUGCUAACGCCAGUGGAUCGAUCAAUUCUGCAGUGGUGCGUGAAUCAGCUGGCAUGCAGCAACAUCAGAGUGGGUUGAUGCGGCAGCGUCUGACACACGAGGUUGAUCCUGUGUCGAUCCUCGAGAUACCAGAGAGUGAUGAUGAGGAAAGCCAGGGAGAUCCCUUUACUGAACAGUCGACGGUGGAAUCAUCCCUAGGCACAUCUGGUUUAAAGGAUGUAGCUGUUGUCACAUUGGAGAUGGUCAAGGACUACCAAUAUCGGCAUAACAUCCGGUUAGAUCCGUAUCUGGAUUGGAAUGCUAUUGAUUGGGUCGCGUAUCGAAGUACGCUUGAGCAAUGAAAAGAGGCAUACGAAGAAUAAAGGAGAGAUCCGACCCCG